CAUUUUCCAAGUUGACAGUUUUCAGAUCGUUAUUAGUCCUGCUUGCUUGUAUACAGUUGACUAGAGGUCAGUUGAGUCGAUAUCAACUAUUAAUUGUAUGUCCCCCACAACUAAUAUGUCGGCAUACAUGCACCCGACCUAAAUGUGAUUCUUGUUAUGUACGCAUGCGUGAAUAUUUAUUGCGUUCUCAUGUUUCAUCAUACCUUGCCCAUUGCUCCCCCACGCCGAAGGAUUCCAUACGACAGUGAUAUCGCUUCGACUUAAUUAUCACUCUCCAAAUUUGCCGAUGAUAUCAAUCUCGGUCUUCUUCAUCUAUUCUAGGAUUUUGGCAUCAAAGACAAGAUUCUCGGUCCAGAAAAGCACCAGUAUGGAAUGUUUCGUUUGGGAUGGACUGGAAGUCACCGAGUGCAUGCCUUUGUGGAGCGAUGAUACUCUGGGGCGACAUCCUUCUCGCUAUGGUCCUGCUCCUUACGAUGUCAUUGACUCGAUCCCACAUCAAAUAGAUCUUCAGCGGGCUCAAGCAUCACUCAUUGAGUACUCAAAUUCAGCGAGGUUGGUACAGAGCAAUAAUCAGGUUCAUUGCUCGGUGCUGAUUGCUCCCACGUCUCAAUCGACACACCCAAUCCUGUCGAGCUGCAUGAAUCUGCAACCAGUGGGCACGCCAGUGGCAGUUGGCCCAGCAGACAAUGGCCCAAAUGUUGCAAAUUCGAGUACAAAGGACUCACUCGACAUGUUUGACUGCUUGUUCUCGGCGACCAAUGGCAACACUGAAGGGUCAGUGGAAGAAUGUGCCAUGUCAUCGUCCAUGAUCUUGCGGGAUGUACAUUCAAGAAGCUUCUGGAACUUUGGGUCGUGCGGGGCCAUUUCUUCUGGAGAGUCAGAGAACAAUAGUGCCAGCCUGCAGGAUAAUAAGGCAAAGGGGAAGGAAGGAACAAACAAGAGGAAGAACAAUGUAAGUGAAGGCGGAUUCCGACUCAUCUCCGAGGUCAAUCCACCAAAAUCCAAGAGAGUCAGAUCGGAAAAAAGUCGAAGCGAGAAUCAAAACCUAGCCCCAUCAUCGUCCAACAUAAGUUUCCAGUUGUACCCACUCUCAUCGUCUCCGACCUCGUCCAUCGACCAGGAGCCCGACCAGGAGGCCAUUGCUCAGAUGAAGGAGAUGAUAUAUCGGGCUGCAGCCUUCAGGCCUGUGAAUCUGGGUCUGGAGGUGGUGGAGAAGCCCAAGCGAAAGAACGUUAGGAUAUCGAGGGACCCACAGACUGUGGCGGCUAGGCAAAGGAGGGAGAAGAUCAGUGAGCGCAUUAGGGUCCUGCAGAGGCUCGUCCCAGGUGGGACUAAGAUGGAUACGGCUUCGAUGCUUGAUGAGGCUGCUAACUAUCUCAAGUUUUUGCAGUCGCAAAUCAAGCAACUAGAAAACUUGGAGCCCAAGAUUGACUUUUCAUCAACCAAUUGCCUCCCCAUUAAUAAUCUUAUCUUCUCCUCUUUGUCUUUUAACCACGCAUUCAGUUCCAUGCAAGUCCAUCCAUUUCCUCUCCAACAACCUGACCACAGCCCUAAAGUCUGAAACCAAUUGUCUGAUACAUGUACCGGGAGAGUCGACCGCCGACGGGUCCCCUUUUUUCACCGAUAGAUGUUGGCUGGUGACUAGUGAAAUCCUUCGAUUUGAUGAUAGCCGAACUAUGCUUCAGCUUUUGGCUUAAAUUACUGGGGUUUUGCGAUAGUACAUGUAUCGUUUCCUCAGUUUGACAUCUGAUUAAAAUGAUAAAUAUAUAACCAAUCAACCUCAGUCACUAUUUGACCAUGUUGCUCUGUUAGUGCCCUCGAUCGUCAGUUGUCCAUUAAUUUCAAGAGAAUUUCUGGACAUAAAAAUGUAUCCCAGCUUUUCUGCUUGACCUUUUUGCUAGCAAUUAUAACUCUUAUGAUUAAUGUUAUGAUGAUGGUCAAAGUGUAAAAAGUGAUAGUGACUUUAUAAUGAGCAAGCUUUUGGUUUUCCCGAUUGUUUAA